AUUACUUGCUAUAAACGAAACCGCCUUUUGUAGAAUUCAGAGCACAAAGCCACCAACCCUCCAUCUGCCUUUCUUUUUCCUCUCUCAUUCUCUCAACCAUGGCGGAAUCAAAGUCCAAGAUUCAAUCUAUCAGGGAAUGGGUCGUUGACAACAAGCUUAAAACUGUCGGGUGUCUAUGGCUUGGCGGUAUAACGGGUUCCAUCGCCUACAAUUGGUCCAAACCUGGCAUGAAAACCAGCGUGAGGAUCAUCCAUGCUAGGUUGCAUGCUCAGGCUCUUACUCUGGCUUCAUUGGUUGGGGCUGCGGCGGUUGAGUAUUGGGACCACAGAAGUGGAGCCAAGGCCGAGCGAUAUGCGAAGGUCCUCCAUGAUAAUACAUUCUCUCACAAGGAAUAGAUAGUUCUUUCUGUGGCCGGUGUCGGUGCCCCGUUUGUUAAGGGGUAUCAUAUAGGGGAUAGCAAUAAUAUAUCUUGUGGACAUGCACAAGUUUUGUUUUUAUCACCUCAUUUGGCGAUGUUGAGCUAGUGGAAUUUUACGCGGGAUGCUAUCAACUGUCUGGAGAUUGAGGAAACAUGUUAUUAGUUAUUACCGUAUUUUUGCUUGUGUAAGGAUUUGUUCGUAUUUUCCACGAGCUUUUGUUGGAUUCAAAAUAUGUUCUUGUGUUGCUUGAGUUGAA